UAUGAACCAGGCAACAAGCAAGGCAGGAGACACAGAGGUGUCUGAUUUAACUAACAGGGGAUUUGAACCAUUGACGGCCAGGUCGACACACACAGGUACACCCAGAAUGCCAAACAUAAAAAUAUUCAGCGGUACUUCUCAUCCGGACCUGUCGCAGAAAAUUGCUGAUCGUUUAGGACAAGAGCUGGGAAAAGUUGUGACAAAAAAAUUCUCCAACCAGGAGACAUGCGUGGAGAUCGGAGAGAGUGUCCGUGGCGAGGACGUGUACAUUGUGCAGAGCGGCUGUGGCGAAAUAAACGACAACCUGAUGGAGUUGCUCAUCAUGAUCAAUGCGUGUAAGAUUGCCUCCGCAUCACGAGUCACAGCAGUCAUCCCUUGUUUCCCUUAUGCCCGACAAGACAAGAAGGACAAGGUGGGGAGCCGUGCUCCAAUCUCAGCUAAACUGGUGGCCAACAUGCUGUCUGUGUCUGGAGCAGAUCAUAUCAUAACCAUGGACCUACACGCAUCACAGAUACAGGGCUUCUUCGACAUCCCUGUGGAUAAUCUGUAUGCUGAGCCUGCUGUGCUGAAGUGGAUCAUGGAAAACAUACACGAGUGGAAGAAUUGCAUCAUCGUCUCUCCUGACGCAGGGGGCGCCAAAAGGGUAACAUCUAUAGCUGAUCGGCUCAAUGUGGACUUUGCCCUCAUCCAUAAGGAGCGGAAGAAGGCCAACGAAGUCGACCGCAUGGUGCUUGUUGGAGAUGUGAAAGACAGAGUGGCCAUUCUGGUGGACGAUAUGGCUGACACCUGUGGCACAAUAUGCCAUGCAGCGGAGAAAUUGGUGUCAGCAGGAGCCACUAAAGUCUAUGCCAUCCUGACACAUGGCAUAUUCUCCGGCCCUGCCAUCUCCCGAGUGAACAACGCCAGCUUUGAGGCCGUGGUGGUCACUAACACCAUCCCCCAAGAGGACAAGAUGAAACAUUGCAGCAAAAUACAGGUGAUUGAUAUCUCAAUGAUUCUGGCCGAAGCAAUCAGACGAACACACAAUGGAGAGUCUGUCUCCUACUUAUUCAGCCACGUUCCAUUGUAAUACCCACCACACACACAUACACACACACACACACACACAAACACACACACAUACACAAAACCACACUUAUACACAGUAUACAAACGUUCAUGUGUAACUCAUUACACACUCUAAUGGCCUAUGGACUCCUACCCUGUCCCCUCCCUCACUGUCAUGCCAUUCAUAUCCACAUUGUAGUGAUUUGAUUCUGCCAGGUUGGUUGCCUUGACAACUUGUUACAAAUAUGUUUGUUAUGUGAUGACUGCACAAGUGUUUAUUUACGGGAGGACAGUCAGGGAUUUGACCCUGGGGACUGGAAACCAAGGAGGACGAGGAGAGUGGGGAAAUGCUUCCACAGCCUCUAUGGCUGCCAAAUGAAGAGGGGAAAUCUUGUUUUUGUUACAUAUGUGGACUUUUCCCCCUCUCUGGAUUAUAAGAGUUAAGAUUAUUAUUGUCGUGCUUUAUUAUUUUUUUAUUGUGUAUUAUAUUUGGUUGCAUAGCGGUGAGUUUUGUCCGUUGUUGCUCAAAGACAGUGCAGCCUGUCUAUUUGCAUGAAGCUGCACCAGUCACUCGGUACAAGUGUUGUCUUCAAAGAUUAACUGGAUAUGUGACAGCUAAAGACUUAGCCUUGUUUAUCAAACUAAGUGUCCAAUCUAUUUUGUCAUCGCUUGUGUGCUUCAGCCAACUAACACACCACCACACAUGGUACGACUAUAUGAUAUAGACUAGAUGACAUGCAUUUUAUUUUGAGUCGCGCAGCCGUUGUCUGGAAGCAUGUUUCCUUGUUUUUCAUGAGAAGAAGAAGCCGGAUGCCUUAAAGCGGAGAAGAGGUGGUCUCUUCCAAGGGGGGGAGGGAUCCCUCAUCUCCAUGUGUAGAAUGUAUGGAGAGCUACAGUAUGUGUGUGAAUAAAUCAUCUCAAGGUUUUCAA